AUGAAGUGCACGCUGGAGGAGCAAGACGCAAAUCUGCCGAUCUGGCAGUAUCGCAUAAGCAUUUUCCCGCAGAGUCGAGCUUCUCCACAUCACCCCAUCGCUUCGAACUUGGCGCCAAGUCAUGCAAGGCUGCUGUCGCUAGUCGAUGGAUCGCGCCCUCGGCAGCCCCGGACGGCCUCGAUUUGGUCAGAGUGUCUUUGCGCGCUGCUGAUCGAGAAACUUAGUUACCCCGCGGAGCAACGGCUUGAGAGACAAGACGGCAGGAACACUCUGCACCCAGCCUAGCCG